CAAUCAGGCGCCUGAGAUCUAAGCGCACAGUUUAUCGCGAGACCUCGGGUCUUCCUUUUCCCUUUUCGCUCUGAGUCCAAGAUGGGAGUUGACAUCAGGCACAACAAGGACCGUAAGGUGCACAGGAAGGAGCCAAAGAGCCAGGAUAUCUAUCUGAGGCUCCUGGUCAAGUUGUACAGGUUCUUGGCCCGCCGCUCCAAUGCUCCCUUCAACAGGGUCGUCCUGAGGAGGCUGUUCAUGAGCAGAACCAACAGGCCUCCCAUUGCUGUCUCCCGCCUGAUCCGUAAGAUGAAGCUUCCCGGCCGUGAGAACAAAAUCGCUGUCGUCGUGGGAACAGUCACUGAUGAUGUCAGGAUUCAGGAUAUCCCCAAGCUCAAGAUUUGUGCUCUGAGGGUGACUGAUGGUGCCCGCCGUAGGAUCCUGAAGGCAGGAGGUCAGGUGAUGACCUUCGACCAGCUGGCUUUGGCUUCUCCCAAAGGACAAGGCACGGUGCUGCUGUCAGGUAACUGAACAUAUUGAGUUGGAG